AUGGAAAUGCACGACAUUGAGGCCAUCAAGCCAACCGGCUUUCUUGAAGUUUCUCGCAUGCGGCUAUCACGCAACAUCUCCUACCAUCAAGCAGGUAGGGACUUUCUCGGGCUGAUUCGCACCAACAGGAUGCCAUGUCUAGCAGUGUCUUGCCACAUAUCCCAGCCGCUUCCAAUCAGUCGACCAGCCUCCUGCAAUGUGACUAUGGCAAGCCCAAAUGGCCCCUGCGGACAUGACGGAUACUACCCCACGGAUAAGGAUUGGAAUCUGAUGAAGAAUCCGUCUCGCCGUCCGCAUUUCCGACCGGCAAUGGCACCAUUUCCCCGCACUCCGUGGUCGCCAAGUCUGGGGUGGAAGAGUGUUGCCGCCUUGCUUUCUGUUUUCCUCGAGCCACCCAAACACCACAGACUCUCCAUCAAUAUGACUUCCCAGAGGAGCUCCAUCGAGAAGAAUGAUACUGAGGUUUUCGGCCAUAGGCCUUCUGGAGAGGUUCAUCUCGAGAAGUUACCAGACGCCAUAGAAGUCGGACCUUACCGCGUGUAUGGAUUGACCCCCGAAGAUGCCGAUUUUUACAACAACUACCCCGAGGAGAAGAGAAAGAAGACCUUCCAUAAGGUUGAUGUUCGUCUAAUUCCCGUGCUGGCUCUCCUAUACUUGAUCUGCCACAUCGAUCGCGCCAAUAUUGGCAAUGCCAAAAUCGAAGGCAUGGUCGAGGACUUGGGCAUGACGGGUGUGCAGUACAAUACUGUCCUGUCUAUCUUCUUCAUUCCCUAUGUCCUCUUCGAAGUCCCCAGCAACAUUAUACUCAAGAAAGUCAAGCGUCCCUCGUUCUAUCUCGGUACCCUUACUCUCUCGUGGGGCAUCAUCAUGACCUGCACGGGGCUGGUCAGGAACUUUGGCGGAUUGAUGGUUACUCGCAUUCUUCUCGGAGUCUUCGAGGCUGGAUUCUUCCCUGGUGCAAUUUAUUUGACUUCUUACUGGUACAUGCCGAAAGACCUAGCGGUUCGAAUCUCGUACUUUUACUGCGCCAGUGCCUUGUCCGGAGCCUUUUCCGGUCUUCUCGCCGCCGCCAUCGCCGAAAUGGACGGCGUGGCCGGGCUCGAAGGCUGGCGAUGGAUCUUCAUUCUCGAAGGUCUCGCCACCGUCGUGAUGGGCGCCAGCUGCUUCUUCCUCCUGAUCGACACCCCCACCCUCUCCACACGCUGGCUCGAGCCCGAGGAGAUUCGAUACCUGGAGCUCUCCAUCUUCAUCAAGUCGGGAGGCGGAGCCCGCGAGGAGGCCGGCGCCGGUGGCAAGGUCAACUGGAGAGAUCUCAAGAUGAACCUGACCAACUGGAGGAUCUACGUCCAGGCCUACUUCCUGGUGUGUCAGUCGGCUUUGUCUUAUGGUAUCAAGUUCACCCUUCCGACCAUCACAAAAGCUAUGGGUUUCGCGAAUACUCAGGCCCAGCUUCUUUCUGCGCCACCAUACGUCGCCGCUGCGAUUUCCGCCAUCACCUUUGCCAAGAUUUCUGAUCGUUUCUUCUGGCGGAUGCCCUUCCUGGCGAUUCCCCUGGCAAUCGUUGCCAUUGCGUACGCAAUCAUUCUUUCUCUCAAUGGUGCGCUCGAGGCGAAGAAGGGAGUCGCAUACUUCUCGGUCGUCCUCGCCGUCGUCGGCAUCUACCCCAUUCAAGCCGCGGCUGCUUCGUGGAACGCCAACAAUAUCGCCCCUGCUUCUAGGAGAGCCAUUGGUAUCGCGUUGAUGAACUGUGUUGGUAACGUCGGUGGCAUUGUAGGUAGUUUUAUGUACCUUGAGAGCGAGAAGCCCAAGUAUCCUACUGGCUUCGGCCUGAGUUUGGCCUUUGGUGGAUCUGGACUGAUUGUGGCCCUCCUGCUCGAGUGGAGCUACAAGUCGGCGAACGCGCGCAAGGCCAGAAUUGCCGAGGAGGCGAAGACCAAGUAUACCGAAGAGGAGUUGUUCAACCUGGGAGACAGGUCGCCCCUGUUCAAAUAUGUUCUUUGA